CUGUUCAUUCGCCGUUUUGAUCUGCGCGCCCCCCUCUUUUACCUGCCCAGCUUGUUUUCGCGCAGAUUCCAGCCUAUUCGCGCUUUUGUUUACUUUUUAAGCCAGUUUACCAGCCACACGUUUAAAUUGUAUCAGAUCAAACCAGCGGUGACCGCAGAAAACUCAAAAGUUAACACUUUUUUCUGUUCCUGUAAUCUAUAAUUAGGUUGAGGACCCCUCCCUCCUCUUUCCGGGUUGUUUCUGAGAUCGCUGCGUCUUCAUCUUCUUCGACACACACGCACACACACUACUUGAUCCCCACUUGUGCUUCUCCGAGUUUCCCUUUUUUAUCGGAUAACAAUGUGGAACAUCUCAUGUUUGGACUAUAAUUGCGCAUGGACUUCACUUUGACAGCAUCGGUGCGUAAAAAGCGGCGCGUCCGCCCGGGAGCAUAGAUGUCGGCUCUUCUUAUUUCCUCUGACAUCGGAUGACUGAUGAAAAGCUGCACUAAGUGUUUGGCAAAUCGGCGUCAGCGAAUGGAGCAAGAAUGACUAGAAGAUGUUCAUUACGGAGACUAAUACAAAAGCAGUUUGUUCCUUCACUGCUGUUACUGCUGACGUUAACCGCGCUCCUGCUGGUCAGCGUCAAGUACAACUACGUCAUUGAAUCUGCAAGUACCUCCAAGGUCUCAGGGAAUCAGCUAUCUCACAAGUAUGAUAUUAACUGCUCAGCGAUAUAUGACAUGGACCCACUGGAAGUGGGUAAAACCCUCAUCAUUAGAAAGACAAAAGGAGUGGAGUUGAAAAAAGGAGUGGAGUUGAAGGAUAAGUCAGUGAUUAACCUCACAGAGAACUGCGCCUCGUUCACCAGGAGCAGAGGUUACAAUAAAGUGUGCACUUCUGAGGAGGAGAGAGAUUUUCCUAUUGCUUAUUCUUUGGUUGUACAUAAAUAUGCCUCAAUGGUUGAGAGACUCCUCAGAGCUGUGUAUUCACCCAGUAACAUCUACUGUAUCCACUAUGACCAGAAGUCAUCGGCUGAGUUCAUAGCAGCAAUGGAGGGUUUGGCCCGGUGCCUGCCGAAUGUCUUCAUCGCCAGCAAGCGUGAGUCUGUCUACUAUGCGAGCAUCAGCCGCCUGAAAGCUGAUCUCAAUUGUCUGUCUGACCUCUUGGGGUCAGAGGUCAAGUGGAAAUACGUCAUCAACCUGUGUGGCCAGGAUUUCCCCCUCAAGUCCAACAUGGAGCUGGUGUCAGAGCUGAAGAAGUUAAACGGCUCCAACAUGUUAGAAACGAGCCGACCAUCUCAGCUCAAGAAGCAGAGGUUCUCCUUCCACUACGAGCUAAAAGACGCUAGUUUCGAGUAUCAAAAGCUGCCGGUGAAAACGGACAAGGCAAAAACACUGCCGCCACACGGCAUAGAGAUGUUCAUUGGCAAUGCAUACUUUGUGCUGUCACGGCAGUUUGUUCUGCACCUGGACUCUUCUGCUGAAGCAAAGGAUUUCUUGGCCUGGUCGGAGGACACCUACUCCCCAGAUGAACACUUCUGGGCCACACUUGUGCGAGUGCCAGGGGUCCCCGGAGCGGUGCCCAGAUCUCAACCUGACAUCACAGACCUGAUGAGUAAGACCAGGCUGGUGAAGUGGGAAUACUUGGAGGGGGGCAUUUACCCACAGUGCACAGGGGAACACGUUCGCAGUGUUUGUAUUUUUGGAGCGGCAGAAUUGCGUUGGUUACUCAACUAUGGUCACUGGUUUGCCAAUAAGUUUGAUCCUAAAGUGGAUCCCGUUCUCAUUCAGUGCCUUGAGGAGAAACUGGAGGAAGCACAGAAGAUUUAUCAUUUGGGGCAUGCCCUGAGUUGUCUCAAGGGCUAGCUCAAAGCUACACUACACUGGAAAGGUCUUGAUUGACACAGAAUCCUUUGGUGAAAAACCAGGAAUUAUUCUUGCACUUGAUAGGCUUGAUAGUGAAAUUUACUGAUUUUCACUUUCCGAUUGUCUUUGAAUAUGUAGUAGGUUUGAUAAAGCAGGGCAGUCAUUAACGGUGUAAUAUGGGCAAUCCUAUAUUAGGCUAUUAUACAGGUAUCUGAUAUUGUGCAUUUUUAUGCUUUAAUAUUAAAAACAAAUUACCUCCUGUUUGGAACACUGAAUGAGCUCCUGUCUUUUUAAAACCAGCCUCCUCAAAUGUCUCUCUCACUCGUCAUCUGUUUGGUCGAAAACUGUGGCGGGUGAGGCGCGUGAUACCAAAUCAGCCACUAGGCAACUUUGUUAAAGGAUGAAAAACAAGAAUGGGAGCUCCACUUUCUACCAGAAACCGGGGACUGCCACCCUACAGAGCACUUUGCCCUUACUUGAUACCCCAACCCUUAGAGACCCCCAGAGAGUUUUCCUCAAAGUUUUGAUUGUGCACCAAGCUGACCACUUUGAGUGAGCAUUAAAACACAAAUUGGCUUCCAACAAGUUGUCUUGAGGUCUGUUUGGGGCUGACAUCAUAGUGGGGGUCUCUUACACAUCCAAACCCAAAUCGGACAAUCUUACUUGACUCUCCAUUUUUCUGAAGACUUGAAUCCUACCUUUCUGGUCCUUCCCCACCAACAGCUCCCCUAACUUGAAGACUCAGAACCCAUGUGUGGAUCCAGUGGCCCUAACGUGUUUGUUUGACCAGCCUCUUAAAUGCUUGGAUUUAGAUUGCCCCCCACCCCCCUGUAUUCAGAUAUAAUGUCCAGGGGCCAAUGCCAACAGAUGCAGAAGAAACUGCCUGCAGAUGCCGUUACAUUGGUAUACUACCAGUCAGAGAAAUUAAACAUGAUGUAGGGAGGGCGACAACCAAAACAGUAUUAACAAAUGACAUUAAAAAAAUGUCUUUAGGGGUGUAGGAACGCUGAUAAAUGACUAUUGAUGGUUUUUCAGUAAAAACUUGUGCAGGUGACCCCUGCAGUUCUGUAACCAUCUUUGCUGUUUUGAGUAAUAGCUCUAGUAGCUUCCUGCAUGAGUCAUUGCAUAAAGCCCUGGCUAGAUUGGUUUGGUACUUCUUGAGCCAAAUCCAGAUAUCUAUUACAUGAGAUGUACCUCACAAAAUCAAAAUAAUUUUUGUGAGAAUGGCCAUGGCAGGUCAGGAUGUUCACUUGUAGCUGGAACCAACAGCUGGGGCUUCAGUCAAACCAGCAUCUUUAUUCUCAUCCCCCUCCUCCUCAGUCAUCACAGUUAUUCAAUUUAGUUGGUUCAUUUUAUUCCUGUCAUAGUAAAUUUAUAAUUUACUCACUGGACUGUUGGGGGGAGAGUCAUCACGACAGACUCCCAUUUCCUAACCACAUGAGAGCAGUUACGAUUAGUCAUGUGUUUCCAGUUUAAAGUGGAGCUCCACUUCUUCACAACCUGCAGCCCAGCUCUCGAGAGAAAACCCCAAACUAAAAAUGAGUAUUUUCAGAGGUUUCAGGAGUUGUGUCUUCAGUGGAAAUCGAUGGCUUCAUGUGGUGGGGACUUUGUAAUCUACAAAUUUUGCACAAAAAUCUUUGAAACACACUGGUGGAACAGAAAGUUAAAAGGUAUGAUGUCAUUAAUGAGCAAACUAGUUUGUACAGUUUUGUUGUGCCUUGUAAAUCAAUUUUAAAUUAUUAAUUAAGAAAAUGAUUGUCAAACUGAUUAAAACAUGGGUGAAAACUGGUUAAAAGCUUAUGUCUUUUUUCUCAUCCUUGUCACUUAUUAAUAACUCUUUUCUUAAAGGUUGGGUGGAUCUUUUUCUGUACCGUUGUUUAACAAUAUCACCUGAACUUUCUCUUUAAACACAGAGCGCAAA